GAAAAUUUUGCAUUGCACCAACCAAUCCGCGCGCUCUCAACAAUUUUCUCACUUCAAUUUUCCGUUUAACAACCGUCUCAGAUCAUUAUCUUCUCGCCAUGAGCAGAACAGGGAAGCAGUGGUCUUCCUUUCCUUGCAACUGACGCAACACAGUUAGAUUUCGUUGGUCACCCCCCACUCCAACCUUGUUUCUCCCUUCAUUUUUCUUCUUAAACACCCCACCUUCAAUCCUUAGGAGCGUUCUUCACCAUUUGCUUUGUGUUUUGGAUUGCAUUUGAUGGAUGCCCAAUUCGGCUUUCCGGAAGAGGAUUCGACUUCUGAAGAUGGGGUAGAGCUUCUUGGAGCAGCGGCUAUGGGCAGGCAGUCCUUGUUGAUGAGGAUUGUUGUGAGGGUGUCAAGGGCAAGGUGGUUUGCUUUUCUGAGACGGGUCUUUCUCUAUCAGAAUGGAGUAAGAAGAGAGCUGGGUUCCAAUCCUUUGAAUUCUGGUGUUUGGAUUGGAUUGGAGGCUGUGAUCUUGGUCACUCAGAUUGUGGCUAUAAGCGUGACGUUGGCCAUGUCCAAGGAAGAGAAGCCUGUUUGGCCCUUGAGGGCAUGGGCUCUUGGGUAUGAUCUUGGAAGUGUUUUGGGUUUCCCGCUCCUCUUUUGGAGGUACAAGCACCAAAACAUGAAUGGAGAGAAUGGUAGAAAUGAACUUGAUGUGGAACAACAGAGGAUAACUGAAGAGUCCAGGACAUCAAAUAUUAUGAGUAGAAUACAGACAACCGUCGAAUUGUUCUUUGCAAUUUGGUUUGUUGUGGGAAAUCUCUGGGUCUUUGAUGGUACUCAUAAUUCUUUCCGGCGGUCGCCAAAGUUGAUGAGGUUAUGCAUUGGUUUGCUAGCGUGGAAUGCUUUAACCUACUCCUUCCCUUUCAUACUGUUUGUGUUCCUCUGCUUCUGUGUGCCUUUGAUCCAUAGAACUCUUGGGUACAAUAUGAACAUGGUUCACAGAGGAGCAUCAGAGGAGCAGAUCUCAAGGUUGCCCGUUUGGAAAUUCAGUGAAGUUUCUGUUAGUUCAAAUGAUUCAGAUGAAGAUUGUGCAGAAAAGUUAUCAACUUGCGAACAUCCUAAAGAUACAGAAUCCGAAUGCUGCAUCUGCUUGGCAGAAUACAAAGACAAGGACGAGGUGAGAGAGCUCCCGUGCUCCCAUAUUUUCCAUCUAAGAUGCAUUGACAAAUGGUUGACAAUCAUAUCUUCCUGUCCACUUUGUAAACAACACUUGCAAGGCUGAUUCAUUUCCCUGUUCUUUUCCAACAUGGAUGUAAAUAUGAGAAUUUACGAAAGCCUUAACACGGAGUAUUCAGGAGGCCUGUAGUUACAAGCAAUUCACACGGCUGACUCGGAGGCAGACACACAGACUCUCUCUCUUAUAUAUAUAUAUAUAUAUAUAUAUAUAUAUAUAUAUAUAUAUAUACCCCCUUGCAGGCUCUAUCUUUCUUAGGGCAGGAAAGAUAGUUGUGCAGAUGAAAGGAAAGUGCAGAUGAAAGGAAGAGAGUAGGUGAUACUCUUUUUUUCUCUCUUACCUAUUUUUUUCUUCUAUACAACAUCUUUCCUACC